AUGUCCAAACAAGAAAAACGACAACAUAGUCAAAUAACAUGUUUAAAUGAUAUUGCAAUAAAAAAUGAAAUUAUAACAGAACAUUUUGGUUUUUUACCAAUAAGUUUUGUAGAUGAUAUAGUUAAUUCUAUUAACGAAUUAAUUUAUCUAAUAAUUGCCGGAAUUGAAAGUUUUGUUAACUCUGAACUGAAAAAUAAGGAAGAAGUUGAAUUGGGUACACACCAAGUUGAAACGUUGUUGGAAAAUUUGGUUGAUAAAUAUUUCGAAAAAUUUGAAAUCUACGCGUUACAAAAUAUUUUUACCAUACGCGAAAAUGUUACAGUUGGUGUGAAUUUCGAUGUGGACGAAAAUAUGGAUGAGGGAGUUGAUAAAGAAAUCGAAUUAUUACGGAAAAAAAUUAUGGCUGCAAAAGCCUUUAACCUCAAGCUGAAAAAACAAUUGGCUAAAGAUGAAUCACGAAUUGAAAAACUGAAACGAUUAGAAAAUAAAAUAUCAUUUCUACGAACUCAAGCAAAGGCUCAUAAUGUUUCUCCCUUGCCGGAUACUUUAAGAUUCAUAUCUGAUCAACUAAUGGCCAUUACAAAGGUUUAUAAUAAUUUGAAUGAAUCGACAUGGUAA